CAAAAGGCGCAAAACCUGGCUCGAAUACGAGAUAACCAACGACGCUCCCGCGCUCGCCGCAAAGAGUAUCUUCAGGAGCUUGAGAUCAAGUUGCGAGGUUGCGAGCAGAUCGGUAUCGAAGCAUCAGCAGAGAUCCAGAGUGCAGCCAGAAAAGUUCUCGAUGAGAACAGAAAGCUGCGCUCGCUGCUACUAGAGCGCGGUGUAUCUGAAGCAGAUAUCAUGGCAGCACUUGGAGUUUCUGUCGAUAAAUCAUUCGAUCAAGUCUCAUCGACAGCGGCGCUCAGCAAUGUGCUUGAGCAGCGCACCACCAGUAAAUUGGUAACCUCGGCAAGCUCGUCAAUUCCUUCACAGCCCAGGGCUGUUUCAGUUCCUCGACACGUGCCUUCUGUGUCGUCGCUCAGUAUUCCUUCGACACGCCCUGCCACAUUGAGCGGCUGCGAACCGUUGAGUCCCACGUCGAUAGUAUCGAGCAUGGGGACACCUCCACCGGUCUCAUAUCAUGCACCGUGCUACACUGCACCGUCAAGCCUGCAAGCCCCGGAAGUCAAGGUAGAGGACAUCCAGUACGAGUACCCUUAUGACCCAUCCCAAAACCAGCAAUGGGCAUAUCCGCAGGCUUACCCAUACUCCCCGGAUCCCGUCGCAUAUUUUGGAGCAUCGUCGUGCGUGGAAGCUGCCAACAUCAUCAGAACUAUGCAUUCAGAUGCUAGUUCCAUACAUCGCAUCGAUCAAGGAUGCGCUCCUCUCGCUCAACCGUAUUACAACAACAAUCAUAUGCUCUACCCUCAAUCUGACUCGCUAGAACAGUCGCCUCAGCGGCCCGAGCAGUUGCGAGUGGAAGGCCCGACUGAAAUCACGACUCCUGUUACUGUUCAAUGGGCUCUGCCAACGAUCGGGUUGAAAGAUCAUAGUCCUAACGUGACGUACGCGGCGAGGUUUGCGCAUCGCCUCUAUCAGCGGCCUUGGAGUCAACUCCAGGCAGGACAGAACCCUUUUGGAUUCUCACGUAUCAGAACACCGGUUUUCCAGCGUGCAGGCAAAAGUCUAACCACAGUUGGUGACAACAGUCUGAACAGGAUACAAUUCGUCAGCUUGUUCAAUCAAAUAAAGGAGGACACUUUGUCCGCAGCAGGUCGGGCCAGGCAAGCAACAUACACCUCGGACAGAAUUCGAGAAGCGCUCUUGAAUACAGGAGAUGAUGUGGCAGUUAUUCUAUCACGGUCAGGGUCCAAUCCAAUCCUGCAGUUGGACCGCGAUUAUCGACUCUUCGAGACAUCUGAGAUGAUUUGUCGCCGGAUAGUUGCCCCUGCAACAACAACACCAGCCGUGGAGGACGCACGAACAGAGUUUUUCAUUGAGCUCCCACCAAACACACGUGUCACGGUGAAUGACGUCAGUUAUUUUAACAGAGAUCCUGAGGAAAAUAGAGGGGUUGCCAGACCUCUAUCACCCUUUUUCAUUGGACCUCUUCAUCCUUACACCGUUGUCGAAUUUCUGUCACAGCCACUGUUCUUUUUCCGCAAUGGAGAUGGCUUGCGUUUCACACAAAAAGUCGGAGGGAAGCAGAGUGAGUUGCCUGCGGAUGAACAAAGAGUCCGCGACGCACGUGGGUUUGCCGAGGGCCUUGAAGUCGAAAUCCUUUGGACACCCGUAGUCGACGCACCUCCUACUGCGCCAGAGCUGCCAAGUGAAAACACACCAAAUCUCCCUCAGACGGGGGACGACAAUUUUCAACCGUCGACGAAGACGACCGACAAUAAUCAGAAAACCGCGAAGACAAAGGGCAACGAUCAGCCAGCCACAGGGGUCGACAAUGGUCAACCAUUUCCGAAAUAUGAACAGUCUCCAUGUGCAUACCUCAGAGAAUGUCUUGAACGACUGAAAGAACAAUUCAAAUCUGGCCAUUCUUCUCGAAUACUGAACGAAGAAACUGUUUUGUACUGCAUACGCGCCGUCGCACAAGCAGCUACCGGGAACAUCACAUACCUUCAUGUGAUUGAUUCGGCACCUUGGACACAUAGCUCUGGUGCUCGUGCUAGAUUAUACAGUCUCCUCGCGAACGCUGUAAAUGAGAGUGGGGUGGCGCCCAAUGUCGACGCUACUCAAUGGGCGUUUUGCGCACCACAGAGCGACCUUUGGCACGCUGCAUAUUAUACUGUACUGAACGCGUGGAGUAUUACCUUUGGCAUGCAGCUCAGUCCUAGCUUCAGGCCUUCUCCUGACUUCUUUGAUGAGGCUUGGUUGGUUUUUCAAGCUGCGGUGGCUGGCCAUGCUGACUGGAAACUUAUCUGGUCUUUCCUUCAAUGCCAUAAGUUCGCGACAUCUCAACAGCCAGUCGAAAGAUUUCAAAUCGAAAGGACUACGAAAGGGCUUGAAGAACCGCUGGCGGGCUCGUUAGGGUCGGCUCGCGACAGCUUGACCACUGCUAUCGAGACGUUGGAACAACUGCGACACUCAGAUGAUUUUCCAUGGGACGAUUGGGAAGAUCAAGAUGCUGAUCUACGACUGCCUGCAAUCUAUCGAGCAGGUUUGCAAUUCAACACGAUGCCCUUUCCUCGCGAGAAGCUCCGCGCCGUAUAUGACACCAUCAAGGGUCCGGAUAUGCAGAGGACCUUGGAAGACUUCCCGUCAGAUGUCCGAUACUGGUCGUACGUCAAAGAGCAGCUCAAGAAGCUUCUAGUGCGGCAAAAAACCAAAAGCUUGAUCAGAAUCCUUUCAGAGACGGGGUUCACCACAGAGAUCAAGCGAUUCCUUCAUGAGGAUGACGUCUCAACUGCAAUCGCAUCGGUUACGCAGGCUGUCACUGCCGCACAGGACAUCACCGGUGGAUUCUGCUCAAUACCCCAGCAGGAUGUACAGGAUGCACAACUCUACGUAUCAUAUCCUGAAGACGAUUCUAUAGUUCAGCUGUCAAGUGCGGUGCGAUUUGGGAGACCGAUAAUCGUGCCCCUUUUGUUGGAUUCCCACAUCGUGCUUAUUGUUGUGCAGCAAGACAACGAAGGGGCUGUGCAAACGGCAGUCUGGGACUCUAAGGCAUAUCACUACAAGGAAGCAGAGCGCGAGAUAAUCCAUCGGAUGAUCCGGGCUAUUGUUCAACAUACAGGCUGGUGGCGCCACACUUUCGAGAAGUUUGAAGACGUCAAAUUUGCGAAAAGCAGUACGCAAUGGAUGCCAUGCGCUCAGCAGUCUGGGUCCGCUGAGUGCGGUUAUCAUGUGAUUAUGAACGCCUGGGCGGUUGCCCUGGGACUUUUGCCAAAUGUAAACUUUAAUCCUAUCUGGUACGCAGAGGAAGAUGGUGAAACAACACAAUCCACAUUCCUGCAAGACCUGCAGAGUAUCAUUAAGCUGGCAAGAGUUGGACUGGCUGAUUGGAAACUGAUAUAUGCGUUUCUUAGAUGCCAUCACUUUGCCCACGAAGGUAAUGUGCCAAACGACAGGCGCUUCGGAAGCACCGUUGCAAUGAUGAGCGAAAGUUCUUUGAAGUCGCACAUAGCAGCUUUGAGAAUGGAAGAGAAGCAGUAUUGGACUCAAACCAAGCUUUCAACUGCGAAUCUUCAGUCUUUCAGGCAGACCAACCAAACACUUCUGGGACCUGGUAGGGAUCAUAACGACCCGGAACGGUUCAUAUCGGACACCUGGGAUAAGGUUGGCGACGUAGUGGUUGCUCUCGAUCUUGCGCGAGAUGGCAGACUUCGACUACAUCUAGAAAAAGCCAACCUUCGACGCUACGAGAUACAGCGGAGACGACCAGAUGGGAAAAGUGCUCCAGAUCAUGCCAAGACUCACGCGAUAAUCUCUCGCUGUGCUGACUUUGUGCAAGCUCCCGGUACCAACGCCUUUCUUGUUCAUCAAAUUCAAAGCUUCCCACAACCGCUCAGCACUGAGCUUUCUCUCUUCGGAUACGGUAUUACGACCGAUCAAAACACGCAGGGAGCUUUUGCCGACCUUCAGUUUCCGGCGGUGCCCGAUGACGCCAGAUUGACGCUGUUGACCGAUUUACAGGUUGUGCACGCCAUCAGCGCUGUCACACAAGCCAUUGAUGAUCAUCAGACGGACUAUCAUCGGAGGUUCAACGAAGACUUCAUCUUUGGCAGUGGCCUUGCACUGGCCAGCUACAACGACAUCGCAAAUUCUAGAGACUUCGACGAUGCUACUAUCAACAAUACGACUAUGCACACCUCUCGUCCGCGCCGUUGUUGGAUACUCCCCAUGACUGUGGCCAGCAAUGAGAUUUGGAAGUUUGAGAGGCGAUAUCAGGGCUCGAAAAACCCGGCUCCAAGCGAGUUGAGGGCACACACCUUCCUUGCUGUUCUCCAGGAAGAGACCAGAUCUCAAUUCACUGAUGAAGAAGGAGAAAAUGCCGAGGAAGUAGAGACUGUCGACUUUCGGAUGUACUUCCUUGAUAGCAGCGGAGUAUUCAACACUCGUCGCAACGCUCUUUAUCAGAUGGUGGUCAACACGGCGUACAACAUGAAUUGGGCGACACACCGCAACCAGCCGAUCGAGGCAGAUCCCGAGUUGGCGAUUCGGGAAUUCUCGACAGAGCUCGGUAUCGUCAAAGUUGCCCAACAAACACAAGGAGGAUGGGCCUGCGGUUAUCACACGAUCCUGAAUGCCUGGAUCCUCGCGCUACGUUUGACGCCAAAUCCCGAGCACAGGUUCACUUCGGACGACUACAUCAUGAUUGCGAAACUCUCACGUAGCGCUGUCGCUGGACUCUUGAACUGGAAAGACCUCGUGGCUUGGCUGUUCUGGCGCAGGGCUGUGAUGGAACGUGACAUCAGAGAAGUGUAUGAUGACCGACGAUUUGCA